AGUAGACUUUUAAACGAAGCUUUAUGACUAUAGAGGUUGCCUCGCCGCCYGCGCAUUGAUUACAAAUUAGUCGGGAUUUUAUUUAUCGAUAUCUUUUGAUUUGCAUGUAAAGUAACUUAUUUUCAAAUYGAUCACUGGUAAAGUAAUAAUGUUUUUCUUUAAGGCUAUAAAAAACAUUCUUCAGCCCACCAAAGACGCACCGCAAAUUGAAUCUGUUGCGAGAUUACAUGAGCCUCAAAAUGUGACGAGUUUAAACUCAAAUCAACAAGAUUCUUCUGAAAUUUCAAGUGGAGUCGAUCAUGAAACUGGAGAUGCGAGCGAGGUUUCUGUCGAGCAGUCAGCUAAUACUGCUGAUCUGGAAAGCUGUCAAGAGCAAACUAUCGUCGAAACACCGAGCACGACAGGCGAGUCGGAUAAAGACUCUUGUGAGAGCUGUUCAUAUCUGGAAGCUGAAGUACUUAAUCACAAAGAAAAAGUAAAGUUGUUGUUGACGCAAGUGAAAAAACUACAGAGCACUGAAAAAAAAUUGACUGCGGCUUUUGAGCAAUUGUCAUCACAAAAAGCACCAACACUUUCAACAGGUACUGAUUGUUGCAGUUUCCCUCUUAUUAUUGAUCUGUUCAAGAUGGAAUGCUGA